AUGUCGGAUGAGGAGUUUGAAAGCGGAGACGAGAGUAGUGAUAUCUCAGUUGAUAGUUCAGACUCUGAAGACGAAGAUUCGAGCUCAGAAGACGAAGAUCGAGCUGAUAAUUCAUUACCGAAGAUAUGGACUCGCGUUUAUCCACCACAGGACAUUACGCCUUUAGAGUUUACAGCGAGAAAUGUCGGUGGUAGAAAUCUUCCACCUCCGAAUUCACUUCCAUGUAGCUAUCUAGAUUUGUUUUUAACACCAGAAGUGCUCAGAUGUUUUGUCAACGAGACGAGGAAAUAUGCCGAUCAGCAAAUUGCUUCAACAAUCUCUCAGGGCAAACCCUUGUCUGUUUGCAUGCUGAAAUGGAGACGAUUGAACUUCGAUGCUACUCUUCUUAAGAAAUUUCUUGGUCUUGUCAUAAAUAUGGGACUUGUUGUAAAAAAGGACUUAGUUAUGUACUGGGACACUAAAUACUCUAACUCUUCUACACCCUAUUUUUCAUCUAUCAUGACAAGGAACACUUUUCAACUAAUUUUCAGAUUUCUUCACGGUAGCGAUAACACUUCUGACCAGGCACAGCGUGAUUCUCCUAGCUAUGAUCCUCUACACAAGUUCCGUCUACUCCUCGACUCUUUAAAUUCUGCUUGUAAGAGGCACUAUGUACCUAAUCAGUUCAUCUCAAUUGAUGAGAGCUUGAUAGGUAUGAAGAAUAGAACCCAGUUGAUACAGUACAUCCCCAAUAAGCACCAUCACAAGUGGGGUGUUAAGCUGUACUCAGUAACUGAGUCAUCAACUGGGUUCCCUCUUCACACAAAGGUAUACUGUGGGAAAAGGGAUGAAGAUCCUCCUUCUGAGCAUGGUCAUUCAUAUGAUGUGGUUGUCAAGCUCACUGAUGUGUCAGGUCUAACUCAUAAAGGCUAUCAUCUCUUUGUCGAUAAUUUCUAUACAAGUAUUACACUAGCCGAACACUUGUAUUAGAAAGGGGUGAUGUUAACGGGCACAUUGAGAUCCGACAGAAAGGGUAUACUUAAAUUGAUCAGAGAUGCAAAACCAAAGAUCCAGGAAUGAAUUUAUGCAAAAAACCAGGAUACACUUGUUCUAAGUUGGAAGGAGAAGGCCUCUCAAAAGACGCCCUGUCUUAUGCUAUCAACCGGUAUGUACCAGGUAAGACGUGGUGGUACAAAGACCAAACCUGUCAUUGUAUCUGAGUAUAACAAGCAUAUGGGAGGGGUUGACACACUGGAUCAGAAAGUGGACUUCUAUGCCGGGGAAAGGGCUUUCCAUACGUACUGGAAAAAGUGUUUCUUCGCCCUAAUCGAUCGAAUGUUGGUAUGUUCUUACAUCCUCUACCAAGCCAACACUUCUGACAGACCCCCCCUGACCAGGUAUAAGUUCCUUUGUACUGUAGUGGAAGAGCUGUGUGGAAACCCAACCCACCAGGAACAACAGCAUAAGCCAACCCCACACAAGAUCAGACAGCUUGAAGGCAGAAAGGAGAAGGACUGUGUUGUUUGCUCAAGGCGUGACAUGAGAGGAGGAAGAAGGAGAAGUCGCACUGAGUGUCAGGGCUGUCAUGUUGGAGUCCAUAUAACCUGCUUUGAUCAGCUUGACCAUAAAACAAAGAAAAGGAAGACAUAA